AUGAAUACAGAGUGUUGCCAGUGUUCAGAAAAAAAAAAUUCAAGUGUGGGUUCUUUUCAAGAAACAGGAAUUAAAGAAAAUGAUAUAAAUGUUUAUAGAUCUCAUAAAAUUUACAUGAGCUAUUUGGAUUUGUAUUUUCUUGUCAUUGAUUUUAAAGAGACAAUAUUUAUUUCAGUAAAUGACAACAACAAUGAGUUAAACGAUUUGCAAGCUUCAUACCCGAUUAAAUAUGCCGAUGCAGACAAUAUAAUUUGCUUAGUCGGAGAACCACAUUCUUAUGGAAAUGAUGUGGCUAACCUUUUGAGUAUGAAAUUCAAAAUUCCUUUUUAUGUAAGUGUCAAUGUAGACGAAAGUGAUGAGAGCUUAACGAAUUUCAUUUUUUCAAAUUGCUUGGAAAUAAUAAAACCUUUAUUUGAAAACAGAGAGAAGAAUUGA